UCCCGCAAAUUAGUUAGCGAAUAUGCCGAUAGAUGGCGCUGUACAUAAUUAUGCUUAGUAUACUUCUGGUUUGGUCUUUUGGAAUUGAUUAUAGUUACAUGAGAAAAUCGAAAGUUUGUACGGAACCCUGGGUGCGCGAGUUAAACGAACUCGCACUUGACCGGUUUUUAAUAGGAAGACUUGAUAGCCAAAGUGAAUGGGCGCAUAUCGGUUUACGGUUGCGGCGGAUACAUUGUACGUUCUGCGGAUGCGGGCCGCCUUCUCGUAAACGAACUCGGUACACAUUUGUCACUUUAGAAAAAAUGGAAAACAAUGUGUGAUUUACGGUACGUGUGUGAGUCAGCGGAUUUUACAGACUGUACGCGGACGUGGAGGUCGGCACUUUCUCCGCGCUUCAUUGACUCGCUCCAAAGAAAGUGACGGUUGUAUCGCACAUUCGCACGCGGUGAGUCUGCUUAUUGACACAUUGUUACCGUGGUAAAAUAAUCCGAUGCAAGCAGUCAGUCGUAAACUCUUCAUCCUUAUCCAACACGUAACGGAAACGGUAACGCGCGCCUGCCGAGGGCGAUGGAGCGGCGUAUCGGAAAUAUUUGCUGCGCCUUGGUUACCAUGCCAUAAAAAAUAAUGAUCAAAAUUUUGUUUCAUGGGUAGAUAAAAUUUGAGUUGCUAAUCGUGAAAACGCGUAACCCUACUUUAUGUCAGAGCCUAGGUUAGGUUUUAAUAAUAUUUAUAGUUGUUGAUAUACCUAUUUCCCGAUGUACACGCAUCAAUAAACGUUUAUAAAUGUUAAAUCAUCUAUCAAUUAUCUUUCAAUCUAAUUAUGAUAUGAGAACCGCGCUCGCACAUAUAAUUGUUUCAAAUAAGUGCAAACAAACCAAUUUCCGUACAAACCAAUAUGAGUCUAUUCUAAAAUGUUAAAUUCUCAUUCAAAAACAACCUCGUAAAUUAAUUGUAAUGUAAUUACCGCGCUGAAGUACCUUUUCACUAUUAAUUUUAGCAAACAGAAGAAAAUAAUUCGAAUUAUACACAAUGUUAAAAGUAAAACGAUUGAUAUGUUACCAUAGUGUCAGGCACAAAAAACAGAAACAGUGCUUAGUAAGGUAAGGCUGUCAUGGCUAAAUAGGCAGGUAAAGUGAGAUAGGAUACAAAAAACGUCCUCUGUUUUAUAUUUCAAGACAUCUCGCAUAGACGAAUUAUAAUUAUACAUCUAAUCUGAACUGAACAAUUACUUAAUUACUACUAAGUUGCACAUUAAACGUUAAUAUAGUUGUAUAUAUAAAAGUUAAUAAAAUAAUAAAUAAACGUUUACUUACUGUAUCGUGCUUACAACUAUUUACAUUAAUUCUUCUGGCAAACCACAAUGUAUGUAAUGUAUGUAUUGGUUAUAAUUUGGUAUAGGUACUUGUUUUUAUUUGAACACUUACUUCGCCUUAUACUUACAUACUGCCCAAGCAUCCCCUGUAUCUUUACUUGUCGCUUUCAUGCUUCCUUUUUGUGGAUCGCUGUGAAACUGAUUCGUAAAACUAACUCUAACUUUUUUCAUCACACAAAUAUAUGCCCUUACCGGGAUUUGAACCCCGGACCAGCGGCUUUAUAGGCAGGGCACUACCCACUGGGCCAGACCGGUCGUCAAAUAAGGAAGAGUAAAUCAAAUAACGUUAUAUCUUCCUACAGGGGGCGAUUUAAUUAUGUAACUGUAAAUAAUUACCUAAUACUAUAUGGACUUAUGACUAGAAUAACGUUUAUGUAUUAAGCACAAAAAAACUACUAAAUUUAUAAUUUAUCAUACUUUAGUAGCCCGUUCCGACCCGGACCCGGACAUGGUACUUUCCAAGAGAAAAAGUUACGUGAAUCAUUUUAAGCAAAACCCAUAUUAUGAUAUAACGAAUGCCUAUAUUUUAAGACAUUCCGACGACUACUCGUGGAUCCAAUAAUUAUCAUCAGAUAUCGGAAACUUUAGGGUUGGGAUAUUGGAGUAGUAAUGGCGUUUGGGAGGGCCAACAAACUUUUCUUCCAACACUUCAUUCAUGUCAUACGUAGGAAAGUAUGUAUUUUAGAACCUAAAAAGAGAGGUAUAAGGUAAGCUAUGUUUUAUUUCAUAUUUAAAUAAUUUGUAUUUGUAAGAAUGAGCAUAUAUUCAUUUCAUUAGUGUUUCAUUUCAUUUCAUUUAUUCAACAUUAAAAGUCAUGUGCAUUACAGAAGAUGUUAGUUGGAUGUAGUCAGUACAUGACACCCGGAUAGGGUGUUUUACGGUGAUUUAUUAAAACUAUUACCGUUUUGCAGAUAUGGAAAAGAAUCCUAAUUACCUACACUAGUACACAUUUUUUCUCGAAGAAACUAAAGACACCAACGCACAUUUGGACAAAAUCAUCCAAAAUUGGGAAUUUGACACCUAUUAACAAAUUAUUACUAGGUACGUAUAACAAAACCGAUCUCUACAACGGUUAAUGAUGACUUUGGGGCCUAUUCGACUUGUCAGAGUGAGCGGUCGUGACGUGGCUACCACACAGGUCCAUUUUUUUCAUAAAUUUACGAACACUAAAGUUGAAUUGUAAUAAUCGCAAGAAUAUUUAUUUUGGAGUUUUUGUAUGGUUAUCCCGAGUCACGGCAUUUAACUCUGUUGAGUCAAAAAGUUCCCAUAAAAUAUAUUAUUGUAAUAAAAUUGGUUUUGGUAUCACUCGUUAAAAGAUUUUACCGGUUACUUCAGCAUAUAAUGGUUUAAUGACGUUGAAUAACAAUUACAAUAAAAUAGUUAACAAUGUUAAGAUCAAACGAGGUUACAGUUACAGUUCAGAAGACUGGCCUGCGUAAUAAUUCGUAAAUACUUAAUCUAAAAUUUGCCAGUGACCUAGCCCGCUAACACUUAAACAAUAACCAGCGAAUAAACAUAUUAGGCAUAUAUUUAAUAUUUGUAUGUUUUUUUUUCUCACCACACCAACUGGUAAAGGUCCCGUUGAUUGUUCAAUAACUAAUGAAAUGUUGCAUUUUAUCCACAUGUGUGGCAAAGUAAUCUAAUCCGAAUUUUGAGUUGUUUCCUUGUGUUAGCUGGUAGAAUUGACUUUUAAAUGAUAUUUUGAAUAAUACAAUUUUUAUAAUGUUCAUUUGUUUUGGUUUGAUUUUGUUUGAUAUUUUACAGUUAGUAUCUUCCUCGCGUUCGUGUGGUAAUUUUUGUUUCGCUCGGUGACAUAGUUUGUUUAACCCUUGUUCCUUGGAAAAAGUCGUGCCUCGUGCCUCGCAACGGUCAAGAUUCCACUUUCCGAAACACUCGCUGGUUCAACUUUAGGAUGUUUCGCUUGCUCGGAUAUCAAUAUUAGCACGAGCAGUUAAACAACAGCUAUACCCCCUUGUAACACAAAUAACUAUUGUCAACGUCUUUUUUGGUUCACAGCGUAAAUAAAAUUACCUGGGUACCUCUUUAAGACUUUUAACUUUUUACGAGACGUCUUCUUACGUUUUUCAGUAAAUAAGUACCUACCAUAAUGGUUUAGUUAAGUCAAAAAUGUUAGAAACGUUCAACAAACUAAAUAUUACUGUAUAGGUACACUCAAAUACAUAUUUAUAAGCAAGACAAGUCGAAGCAGCUUAAUUUUGUUUUUGUUGUCUUUUAGGGUUCCGUUGCCAACAAGGACUCAUGCCGACAAAUAAUCUUUAAAACGAUGGUUGAUCAACUCAGAGAAAAACUAUCACAAGUAGGUAGGUAAGUAUAGAAUCUAUUUGUUUGUGACGAUUAAAGUGUUUAUACUCGCAUCUACUGAAACGGCGGAUUACAGUCCCUGAACGUGAGGUACUUUGUAAAAAUCCCUCACUGGAGGUCAAUUCACACUUAAAAUUUGACAUCUAAGUGAUAUAAUUUUCCCAUGCUUCUAGCUCACGCGAAUACAUGUCGGUCAAGUACGAAUAAAAUACACGAGCGAAUGAUAACUAAAUGACAUCAUUUGGAUGUCAGAAAGUAUGUUUAAAUUGUCAUUCUGGUUACAUUUAUAACUGCUGGAAAUGUGACGCACUCACGCAAGAUGCAAGUUUCGCCGGCUUCAAGGACUAUCUCCAAUCUGCAUACUUAAACAGCUUUCUUUCGUGCAUAUACGAUACUUUGUUUACGAGAGUAAUCCGACUACAUAACUUGGGCCUCCUUUCGUUUUUACAUAUAAUAUCUGGCAGACCGAGUUUUGCUCGGAAAACAUAUAAUAACUCAAAGACCUAGCUGGAUCGAUUUUUUGUCCCCGAAAACCCCCAUAUAGCAAAUUUCAUCGAAAUCGUUAGAGCCAUUUUUGAGAUCCCCGAAAUAUAAAUAUAUAUACAAAAAUUGCUCGUUUAAUGGUAUAAGUACCUGGGCGACCGAGCUUUGCUCGGUUAUAACUAUUUAUUGUAAUAUGGUGGUGUAUAGGUGAUAAUCUUAACUAAAUUUUUUUAUUUAUUAUUAUUUAUUAUUUAAAUUAAACUUGUCUAAAACAAUAAAAAUUAUAUAAUUAUAAACUUGAACAUAAAAAAAACAAAAGUUAGUGUCACCGGGCGGAACCCGUAACACUCGUUUAGCAGUCCGCGUCUUAACCCGCUGGUCCAGACGGACAGUGGCCGGCAACACGAAAUUAGCGACCAUAUUCUGCGUCGAAAGAAAAACGCAUGUAAACUCGAAAACACGCGUUUUCCCAAACAUAUGACUAAUCUAGAUCGAUUGUAUACCCCCAAAAACCCCCAUAUACCAAAUUUCAGCGAAAUCGUUAGAGCCGUUUUCGAGAUCACAGAAAUAUACAUAUAUAUAUAUACUCGUACAAGAAUUGCUCGUUUAAAGGUAUAAGAUAUAUAAGAAGAAAGGUAUAAUAAAGUAAUGACAGUGUGAGAAAUUACUUUGUAUUUUCUUCCGUAACUAACCCUCACUAAUAAGUUGUCUCGCUUCUAUUUUUCUAAAACAGUCAACCGAGGAUCGAAACUCGUCUGGGCACUAGACACUUAUUGCGGUCGGUAUGGUGUAUGGAGAGAUAGCCGGUCCACCUGCUAGGAAAAAUCCUACAACAUUCUCAAUCAAACUAAUGUAACUAAAUCCAAUAUGAAUAUGAUAUACAUACAAAGAAGCAACCGGACACUAUGACAUUGACGGACAGUUUUUCCGGGGAGAUAGCUAGCGCAACCAAUGUUUCUACAUCCAACUGGGAUCAACUUUACUGCUCCCAUCUUUGGUUAAACAGCAAUCUACGGAAAACAAUCCUCAACAAUGUCCAAGGUGUGGACGAUAGAGCGAUUACGUAUUGUUAUACUUGCAGGGGAAAGAUGAGAAAAUAUGAGAUAAAAUCUCCACGAACUGAUUUCCGACCAAAUGAGCAUUCCACUCCAAACAUAAGAAUUUCCAAAGAAAUUAGCUUACCGUUAGAUGACCCCAGAGAAGAUUCCAUAUGUGAAGAUAUUAGUAGAACAGAAGUUUUCUCGUGCAGAAGAAGUUCCACGAAAGACUCCGCUAUCACAGAGGUAGAAAUUAACCGUUGCAUUCCAUCAAUAUCUCAUCAAAUAGACUCAAGUAUUCGCCAAAAAUUUACUUCCUAUGAACCACAGCCUGCUGAAAGUAACCCUCGAAGACUUAGGAAAAGCCUAAAAGGCGUCGGAUGUAUCGUGAAUUUUGCUCUGACUGAACCCGUGAAGAAGCGGACUCAGAUCCAAGCGUGCUCAAUAAGUGUGAUGAUUAUUGCUAUUGUAGUUAUAAGUUUUGUUUUGGUGAAUUUUACUACUCCUAGUUCUACACGUGUAAAAGUAAUUAGUACAACUGUAGUGCCAACCCAACCCGUAAUUGUAAAUAAAACUUCGUCAGCAGUUACAAAUAUCGCAUUAUCGUCGGCACAACUGCCCGAAGUUGUCACCUCAGAAAUAUCAUUGACAACAGAAGACGAGUUUAGCAGUACAACGGAAAAUAAUUCCUUAAUUAAUAAUGUUUUAUCUAAAAUCCGUAAGAAUAUAAGGACAUAUCCGAGAAACUCUAACAAAAGCAAAGAAAGCCAAAAACCUAAAGAUAUCAUAAAUCGAGACAUUGUAUCGCAAAGUUUCUGCUCGUGCCAAACAGAUGAAAUAUGCAUGCUAAACGAAAGCAGCGGAACACCUGAUUGCAGGAAAGCUAUCGACUCCGAUGAUCCUACGGGUUGUGGAGGUCUGUGUGCCUUGGAGACCGAGGCAUGUCAGCUAGUAGACAGACUGCGAGGCGUGCGCGUGUGCCGGCAGCUGAAUCUGGUCACGUGCUCGCCUCAAGAGUGGCGCUGUCGCAACGGGUUGUGCGUGCCGGCCGCGGCACGCUGCGACGGCGCCGUUCAGUGCUACGACAAGUCUGACGAGACGCACUGCGAAUGCGAUCUAAAGAAGCAGUUUCGUUGCGGUCACUUCAUAUCAUGCUUCCCUAACAACAAACUAUGCGACGGGAUCAUCGACUGCUGGGACGGUUUCGACGAACUUAAUUGCACGACAGAAUGUCCCGAAGAUCAGUUCACCUGCACAGACGGUCAAUGCAUUCUCGAGUCUCGCUUCUGCGAUGGCUAUGCCGACUGCCCGGACGGUAGUGACGAACCGCGCGGCUGCGACGGCGGUUGUAGUAAACACGAGCUGCAGUGCAGGAACCGACGCUGCGUGUCUAACAGCGUGAGGUGCGACGGCCAAGAUAACUGCGGCGAUGCUACUGAUGAAGUUCACUGCUCUUGA